AUUACUUUUAGAUUCUGAACAUAUUUAAUUUUAGUAUAAUAGAUGGAACGGGUUAUGUAUUUAUCCGACAGCGCUCUUAAAGCCACUUAACUCGUGGCUGCCUGCGCAGGCCGACCCUCCUCUCAACCUCAUCGUAUUUCUACCAUUGCUACAUCGUCAGGCCUUCACACAAAAUGCGAGUGUGCCGCUAUUUCCCCCGACCAAGACCUGGUCUUAUGAGGCGUGUAAACGCCCAAGUCCCUCACCGUCGCCCUUUCCAUUGUGCAAAGGCGCAAUUCAUAACCAUCGAUGACGAUGGGCUCCCGGUUGCAUCCCAAACCGAGAUCCGGAUCGGCGAGCCACACGAAGCAUAUGUUUAUAUUGAGCCGGAUAUCAGCAACGCAAUUAGAUCCUCAAUCACGCGGCAGACGGGAAUGGGACUUGUACAAGAUUUGAAGAAACUUUCACUGGAUUUCAACCACAAAUCACUUUAUUUUGCUCACAAGGCUGUACCCUAUCCCCGGCUUGAGAUCACUCAGAACCUUCCUCGCCAGAAUACCGGCGAUACCAGCCCGGCCACGCUUUGGCUAUCGGGUAAUUGGCAUGCCCUAACACUUGAUGGGACCCCCGACGAAGACUUUGAACGGGCAUCGAGGGAUAGCGCUGAGGAGCUCAAGGACACGUUGGAGGCGCUCAAGCACACGUAGAAGUAUCACGCGGUAUAUGGGCUAGAAAUCUAUAUUCUAGCCAUUGCCGCUGCCGCCACCCUUUCGCUUGCUAAAGAUGUUAGAUACCGCUCCCUUGCUGCUUGUGUCGAACGGCCUCAGUUACUAGGCGGCAAACACCAUCAGGACUCCUCAGACUCCUUGACGUAUUGUCGAAUUUCGCGGCAUAUUUUGCUGACAGGCUUCGCGAUGCCUUUGUAGUGCUCUGCUAGGUUGCCGGCAGUCCAUCGAUUCGCCGCGACCGCCAAGUGU